GCAACUUUGUGGUUGCCUCAGGUGUCUUGUCGCUAAUUUCGACGUUGCUUCGGGUGCAUUUUGGAGAUUUCGCUUCGGGUACCCUGUCAGUUUUCUUGAGUAUUUCUUCUAUGACUCCUUGGUGUCUUGUCGCUGAUUUCGACGUCGUUUCGGGUGCUUUUUGGGUCUCUUGUUGUAGAUUUCAUUUUGGGUACCCUGUCAGUUUUCUUGGGUAA